AAAGUCUCCCGGCGUGUGAGCUGAGCUGAUGCGGUGUUUUCUGCGCAGAUAUCGAUGAGUGUGUGGAGGGGAGGCACUACUGCCGUGAGAACACACAGUGUGUGAACACCGCCGGCUCCUUCAUGUGCAUCUGCCACACCGGAUUCAUCCGCAUCGACGAUUACUCCUGUACAGAACAUGAUGAGUGUGUGUCCGGUCAGCACAGCUGCGAUGAGAACGCUCUGUGUUUCAACACCGUCGGCGGUCACAGCUGCUCCUGCAAACCCGGAUACACCGGCAACGGCACCGACUGUAGAGCGCUCUGUGAUGGCCGCUGUCUGAACGGCGGCUCCUGCGCAUCUCCCAACAUCUGUGUGUGUCCGCAGGGCUUCAGCGGGCAGAACUGCGAGACGGAUAUCGACGAGUGCUCGGAGGGUUUGGUUCAGUGUGACACACACGCCAUCUGUGUGAACUUACCUGGUUGGUAUCACUGUGAGUGUCAUGACGGUUACCAUGACAACGAGGUGUACACCGCCAACGGAGAGUCCUGUAAAGUAUACUUGUGA